AAGGAAUCUAACCUUUAUAUACUUCAUGGUUUAAUCGAAGUCAAGAAACAGAAUAACGUUAAACGUGCAGGCCAAGGAACAUAUAAUAUUAUUUAUUAAUUACUCUACGAAUUAUACAACUUCUCUCUAACAAAAUGAAACCUUUGAUGUUACAUGGACACGAACGUGCUAUUACGAAAAUAAAAUAUAAUAGAGAAGGUGAUUUAGUUUUCUCAGCUAGCAAAGAUAAAAAACCGAACGUUUGGUAUUCUUUAAAUGGAGAACGUCUUGGAACGUUUAACGGACACAAUGGAUCAGUAUGGUGCAUAGAUGUUAAUUGGGACACAACUAGAUUUUUAUCCGGAAGUGGUGAUAAUACGUUAAGAGUAUGGGAUUGCGAAACUGGAAAAGAAAUUGGACAAUUGCAAACUAAUAGUUCGGUAAGAACAUGUGGUUUCAGUUAUUCGUCAAAUCUUGCAGUUUAUUCUACUGAUAAAGCUUUAGGUCAUCAAUGUGAAAUGUUUAUUAUGGACAUUAGAAACGUCGAUACUAACAUGUCACAAGAACAUGCAAUUUCUAGGAUUUCUGUUCCGGGACCUAGAAUAUCUGCUAUUUUGUGGGGUGCUUUAGAUGAAACCAUUAUCACAGGCCACGAAGAUGGUGAAAUUACUCUUUGGGACGUGAGGAUGGGAAAAAAGUUGACUAGUACGAAAGGUCAUAAAUCUCAAAUCAAUGAUAUGCAAUGUAAUAAAGAUGGAACUAUGUUUGUGACUGCAUCGAAAGAUAAUAUGGCUAAAUUAUUUGAUAGCGAGUCUUUAAUGUUAUUAAAAACAUAUAAAACUGAAAGGCCUGUUAAUUCGGCUACAAUAUCUCCUAUUUUGGAUCACGUAGUCUUAGGUGGUGGUCAAGAUGCUAUGGAUGUAACUACUACAUCAGCUAGACAAGGAAAAUUUGAUUCGCGGUUUUUCCAUCUUGUAUUUGAAGAAGAAUUUGCACGAUUGAAAGGUCAUUUUGGUCCGAUUAAUUCUUUAGCAUUCCAUCCAAAUGGUAAGAGUUUAUCAACUGGUGGAGAAGAUGGAUAUAUACGAAUUAAUACAUUCGAUCAAUCUUAUUUCGAUUUUCAUUUUGAAUAUUAAUUGCAUAAACGAAAAACAAAGAAACAUAGAAAAAGGAAAAAAAAUAAACAUAAUUGUAAUAAAUA